GCGUGACAUGCGAGCGUACAGCAGUGGCUGCCAGUGUCGCGGCUGAUUCGAACUCGGGCUAUCUUAAGCUGUGCUGCUGUUCAUCUACCGAAUACUUCAGAGUAAUCUUGCGCCGUGGUUCCCCAGUCGCAGGGUCAGACUACCGGAGACGAUGGAGACUGAAAUUGACACCUUCCGCCACUUGAACACCGAUGUUCUUCUGCAGGUGUUCGAGCACCUACGGCCUGACCGCGACUUGCGCUCAUUGUCCAUGUCGUGCCGAUGGAUCCGACAAGAAAGUAUGGAUGUACUCUUCCGAAGCUGUUUAGUCAUCGUGAAGGAGCCGCUUUGCGCUGAGCGAUUCCUUCCGCAAUCUCUGUGGCCCUACGUUUGUCAUUUAUCUCUGAGAGACGAUUGCCCUGACAAAUGCGCCAUGAGCCCUCUGCGACAUCGUAGACAUGAGCUCCGGUUCACCGAGGACCCUUUGCUUUGUGGCACUAUGGAUCCCAGGUUCCUCAAGACCACGCUGCAGGCCAUGCCUCGCAUACGUUCGCUCUACCUGGCCUUCUGGUACCGGGAGAUACACGGGAUCGGGUGGGAUAACUUGGAAGCUAUCCUUUCGACGCCGCUGCUCCGCAGUGUCACGGUGGAGCAGUUUCUUUUCAGUCCGCGACAGGCACCAAUGAUAGAGAGUAUCGAGCGUAUUGCCCCGCUCACGACGUUCCGAUUCAAACAUCGCGUCAUCCGCGGGGAACUUCGUGAUUACCCGAUCCAGGAAGCCACACUUGGGCUGGUCAUCGGGAAGCUGCGGCAUACUCUGGAGUCCCUUCUACUUCCGAGCGAAGUAACGCCCUUCAGAGCCCUAGCGAGUAAUCAGUGGCCUCGCCUCAGGGAACUCCACCUCAUGGGUGAGAUCCAUUCGGGUCCAGACAUUCCUAUCCCAUUCGUGACCCUGUUUUCCGGAAUGCCCAAGCUGCGCACCCUGAAACUGCAGCUUGCUCUUCCUUGGGGCAUCGAUCGUCAGAUUCUACAGCUAUGGCCGAAGGACUACGAGGCACAAUUCCCGUGGCAAGAACUCGAUGAUCUCACUAUGUCAUUCCCAUGCUCCGAGGAUCAGAUCUACUCCCGCCUUCCCCGGACCAUGCAACGCCUCUCGUUACGCUGCACCCCGUAUUAUCACUUCAGUUCAUGGCGACGGCAUCCCCUCUUGGUCGCUUCAGCAAUGCUGGAGAUUCUCUCGAAGGUUGACACGCCGUCCCUGAAACAUCUUGAACUCGAGUAUCGCGCAGACGCUGCGGAAAAUGACCUCUUGCUCUGCUUAACCCAAAAGUUUCCUCGGCUGACAUCUUUGGAGAUACAUCGCUUCCUGCCAUUCGGCGGCGGCGGCCUGACCUUUAGUGACAUUGCGCUGCGGGUAGCAAAGCUCAAAAGCCUGCUCACGCUGCGAGCUUACUUGGACCCUGGCGAGCCUACUGAGUUUACAAUGCUAGAGCAGACUGCGGCGACUCUAGCCUCCAAACUCGCGCGCCCAGACUUCAAAUUGUGGCUAUUGCGCAUGAACGGCAGUAGUGGCCGUUGGUACCCCUUUUGCCUAGCAGCUGAACAAAACACUGAUCAGGAAGCACGAGCGGAGAUUGACCUGUCGAACAAUAAAGGCAAGGGAAUCGCAGCUAGCCUUUUUGAAGAAUGAUUAUGAGCUUCUUGGUCAGGCUGUCGAUCAAUCUUGCCUUACUUUCCACGAGACUUUGUCUUCAGGUACUACCCGGCUUCGCGAAACAGACGAAGAGCUCGGCGUAGCCUGAGGGUGCACGCAGUAAUGUAUAUUACCUUCUAUGUUAUCGAGUGCAAUCGGUACUACGAAAGGCACUUGCCGAUGGCAGAAGAGAAAUUGUGUGCGUUUUGGAUCUCUGAAUUCUUGUUAGCUUCUCAGCGUCCUGAGGGUGCACGCAGUAAUGUGUAUACCUUCUAUGUUAUCAUGUGCAAUCGGUACUACAAAUUGCACUGUUGUUCU